AUACCAAAGCGCUUGAAGAACAAUAAAGAAACGUAUCCGCAGUUUUCACGCUACUUGCGUUUUCAAGAUCACACGAAGCUUUGAAGUUUCAACUGGAAGUAAGUCAUUCUUUUCUAGAUCAUCAGAAUUGUUAUACAUCUGGGGCUAGUCUAUUGUUGACGAGAGUAUCCUUUAGAUUUGUAUUGGGAUCCCAGUGACUGCACUCUUUCCUUUAUUUUCAGCUCGGUGAUCAUGUGGCGAAAAAAGUUGGCUCUUCUUACUUUGUUGAUUGUGGGGAUGGAUUUGCUGUUUUGUACAGUCAAUGCAACUCCGUGGUGGAGACGUCGACGGCGCCGUCGAUCGCCGCCUCUACCGACUCCAUCGCCACGGCCACCACCACCACCACCACCGCCUCCACCACCGCCACCACCGCCUCCGCCACCGCCACCACCGCCUCCGCCACCGCCACCGCUGCCUUGCAACUCAUUUCUUCCGCGGUUAACCAUCGGGGGCCGAGUAAAGAAAUGGUCCAACGCAUGGCAGCAGUCAUUCCGCGCGAUUUGCCCUGACAGUAAGACUACAAACUCUGUUAUUCUACCGAACUACCAACAUCUUUUGUCCAUUUUUUUAUGAGUAUGAUUUUUUUUCCCUUUAUCAUUUUUAUUACUUUGGAUGACAGAAAUUGAAGUUGAGUGAAGUUCUUUACCUUGUUCUAAAGCUCAUCAAGAGCUGUUGAAUUCACCUUCAUCCUUUCUUUGCCCCUUGAAUAAUGUUCUGCUUUAACUCUCUGAAAAGGGACUUGUUGCUAACUUGCCUUAUAUCUUAAUACUAGGCUAUUCAAUGUUCUGGUGGAUUAGUGUUUUCCGAAAAUGUCAGGAGGAUCGUAUUCACCAUUUCCGCUGUAGCCUUGGUCCUGCUAUUUACCGCGCGAGCGAAGACUGCGUCUGGUCUGGCUUUUUGCCGAACGGAAAGACAGGCUCCGCCAGUUUUAACUUCAAGUGUGAGUCGCAUGGAUAUAUCACUGGAAUUUUGAGCGAAUUUAAUACGGUCACUAAAGAUCGCAGGUACCUUGGUCUAAAUGUUUUUUUCUUUGGCGCUGUCUUCAAUUAAUUUUCCUUACGGAUAUAUCACUCAGAAAAAAACGUUUCCUCAGCAGAAAAAAAGUUAGAGGACAAAGUUAAGAGCUCCUCACAAAAACCAUAAAUAAAAUACACAAUGACACGAAAUGAGAAGAAAUAUCAUUUGCGAGGGGACGAAAUUAAACCUAGCAGAACAUGUUUAGACUUGAAACACGAACCUGAACGAGGAAUUUAAACCCGUCGCGAACGUCGACUUCAUUUCAACCUGUAAGUCUUGCAUUUUAAGGCUUCUUGGCUUGCUUCCUUCAUUCCCUCCGCAAUGAUCCAAAUCGUUUUGACGAUGGAAGAGAUCUUAAAAAUUUAGGCUAAAAUUUUGCACCCAAAAAUGUGAGACAAAAGUCAAACACAAGGAGCGAUGUAAACUAAAGACAACAAAAAACUUCUCGUCUUGACUUACCGGUAUAUUAAAGAUCUUUUAUGCCAUUUUUUUCUUUUUAGAGUAAAAUUCCGUUGCUGUCAUGUGGAGGGCUACAAACAUGACAACUGCAAGACCACGGGGUACAAAAACGUGUACGGAGGACUUUUGAACUAUAGAGCUCGUUCGGGUUACACCAUAGUUGGUGCGGUCAGUGAUCACAGCUCGAGGUUUGUAAUCUUUUUUCUUAUAUUCAACAAUGAUGGGUUUUCAUUAUUAUUAAGAGGUGCUAUUUAAGUAUUAUUCAGGUUAUGCGUGAUUGCUCUUAAAAUUCUAUGAAGUAUAAUGUUCCAUUUCUAAGAAACAAAGCCUUUCGUGAAAAUCGAACUGUUGGUAGUGAUUAUAAGUCUAAAUUUUUUUAACAAAGCAUAUUUUAUUCCCAUUUAUUCAUAUUGCGACUUUCAUGACUGAAUAAUGUUUCUUUUUUUUUCGCAUUUAAGUAACACGUUUUUUUGACGACACUGUUGUUUUUUUGUUUCUUUUAGCCACAGUGAUCGUCGCUGGAAGUUUCAUAUCUGUCAAAUUAAAUCAAGCACUGGGAGGAAAAAAUAAUGGAAGACUUCAGAAGCAAAAAACAACAUCAGAAGGGAUGAAGCGCGGGGCAUUUUAAAAUAGAUAUGAUUUAUAAGGGUGUUUAUAAGGCAUUUAUAAAUAAAUAAAAUUAGUUCUCUUGUCGGCCGAAACAGAGGGAGAUAAAAUCAUCACACGAACUUCUUCAGGUAGAAAGGGUAUAGACGCGAGCUCCUAGAAAUCAGACUCUCUUUUAAGUUACUCUUGAGCGCGGCUAAGGAAAAGGAAAGAACGUCGCAGGUUUUGACUAGGAAUAUUAUUGUGCCGGCUUUAAAAGUAUUUUCAUUAGGAUUGUCUUCAUCGAUUUGAUCUAAUAAUUGGGGGUAAAUGUAAGGUGAGCUAAGCUUUGAGUUUCGUAAUAAACACUUGCUAAUAUCUUCAAAGUUUCUGAUUCUACGUUUUUGGUGCAUCUCUUACCUGGGUUUGGCAGAAAGAGGUUUAUACCGCAUCAAAGUCUACAUGCUACUAUCUCUUUAUUUAAUAUUUUCAACAGAUGACCUCGAGGGGAAAAGAGACUUUCUUUACCAUAAUAAUAUAUCGAACCCUGUUACUUCUCCUGUUUGAACCUGAUUUAUUCAUUUUCGUUUUUAGUUUAUGGGUGUGAAUUAAAUUAGGCCAUUUUCAAUGACCCCUUAUGGCUAUCACUGUUAUACAUGGCAUUACUUCAUAUAGAAUUAAAAAAGAUCUGACC